AUGGUCAUGGGAGCACCUGACACAAAGGAAUGCAUUGCGACAAUGCAAGGAAAGAUUGGGUUUACGCUCUUGCGCGAGCUGUUUUCCACAUUGGAGUAUGAGCUCGAGUGGACUUCGGUGUACUUCGCCACCUUCAUAGGCUAUCCGGAACCGAAAGGCACGAAAGCUGACGUUCUCAGCACCCAAGCCCAGGGCUAUCGGUAUGCUCUGGGAGGCAUGACCUCGACGGAGGUGACAUGGGUCAAAGAGCACACGCUCACACGCGCCGAGUCUCUGACUGCCGACCCUAGCCUCUUCUACCUAUAUGUUACAUCUGUGCAUUGGGCCUUAACUCAAUUUACACCAGCUGCUAUGGAUGUGGUGGCAUCAAACACCCUCGAGAGGGUGUUCUCCGUGGUGAUCUGCUUGGCAGGGCUAAUCGCUUUCAGUUUCUUCCUGGGCACCAUCAACCAGUCGUUUGCAAAGCUGCGCAGCCUCACUGCCCAGGAGACGCGGCAAACCCAGCUCGUACGGCGUUAUGUGGGAGAUAAGUACGUCUCUGCGGACCUCUCCAGUGAGAUUCUAGCCUGUAUUCGCCAGCGAGGGCUGGGGAAGGCUAUGGGCAAGGUGGUCCUCUCCGACAUCAAGGUUUUGCAGAGCCUGCCUCAGCAGCUGCUUCGACGUUUGCAGGAGGAGGUAGGAUUUCCCGUGCUGGAGAAGCAUGGGAUGUUCAAGUACCUGACCUACCUCAGCCUGGCUGAUGUGGCGCGGACGUGCCACACGGCUCUUACUGAGCAAAGCGCGGUGUAUGGAGAGGAGGCAGGUGGGCAUCAUCAUGUCUGUGGCCUAUGA